AUGCCUGUGAGCCCGCUGACGCCAAAGUCGAAGCGAAGCGCUUUCGGGAAGAGCAUUGCCCAGAAUUGCUCCGACAAUUUGGAUCUGAUUGAUCAGGACCAGUCAGGAGACUUGGACCAUGCAGAGGUUGAAACUCUGCUGGCUGCAAUGGGGUUGCAAGGCGACGACAGUAAGAACAUAUUGCUCGCAAUUUUCCGAGAUGGUGGCCGCAAGACGAAUCACUUGGAGCUCACGGAAGCAAUUCUGGAUAAUUCUGAUUUGGACCAGGAAACGCUGGAAGUGAUGCUGGGACGCGUGGCACUGUUCGGAAAGGUGUUUCGCCGUCUGGAUGCGAAUGGAGAUGGGCAGCUUAGCCUUUCCGAGAUCAUCAAGAUGAUGGAGAUGCUGAAUAUCGAUACAAAGCUGGCAGCAGACAUGAUGGCUUUUCUUGAUGCUGAUGACUCUGGUGAAGUAACCUGGCAGGAGUUUGUGCGGGGUGUCUGCAGCAAUCAGUUCAAAGUCCUCUUCCCAGAGAUCACCUUGGAAGCCCUGGUGGAUUUGCCCUCGAGUCUCCAGUGGGACAAGUUCGUGAGUGAGCAUGAGCAGGUCUCGGCAAUAAGAGGACUACCAACAGUUGAAAAAACACUGUACUGGGUACUGUCGCUGAUGUAUGGCAGCUCUUCACAUCGGCGCAUAUCCCCGGAAGACGACGAGGAUCUGCGGAGUCUCCUGCACAGCAGCGACCAGGUCGUCAAGAGGCUGAGUGAAAAAUCCGGCCGGAAGUCGGGCCAAUCCGGUUUGGACACUGCGAUUGCAAACGUGCAGGAGCCAGUGCAGCCCCUAACCCUGGAGAGAGAAGCCCUCCCUUCAACGGCACCUCCCUGCAUGGCGCAUGUUGAGGCGGUGUCGAAGGGAGCCUUUGCUGUGUCCGACAUUCCUGCGUUGGUGAAGACCAUGAACCAGAAGACUGUCGUGGUGGUCACACGAAAGCAGCCCAAGCAUCCCUCGAAAGUGCAGCCAGCGACCCUCCGCCUGGGCCAUGCCUUUUCGGGGACCCAUACGAUCGUCGUCCGGAAGGAGGCCAAGGAUCCCACCUCCGCCUACGCUCGUCCGGCCUCUGUCCAACUCAAGGUGCCAAUGCCAGCCUUGCCGGAAAAAGCAGAAGCUCCGGAGCCUGGGGAUUUCCAGCUGGUGCACUUCCCUGUCGCAGAGGAGAUGCCUCCGCCCACGGCAGCCCCGCCGGUUCUCCAGAAACGCCGGAGCAGCUUGACAAGCGCUUGGCCUUCCUGUUUUCCCGUCACUCGCUGA